AUGGAUCUAGGACAUAUGAACCGUGCAGUGAGCUCUACAGCUAUGAAUGAUAGAAGUAGUCGAUCUCACAGCUGUGUGACUGUUCAUGUUCAAGGGAGAGACCUUACGUCUGGAACUAUCCUCCAUGGUUCUAUGCAUCUGGUUGAUCUUGCAGGAAGCGAGAGAGUGGACAAGUCAGAGGUUACUGGAGACAGGCUGAAAGAGGCUCAACACAUCAAUAAGUCAUUAUCUGCUCUUGGAGAUGUUAUCUCUUCUCUUUCACAGAAGACUUCUCAUGUUCCUUACAGGAAUAGUAAACUCACCCAGCUUCUCCAGGACUCCCUUGGUAAAAUUAUCAAAACCAUCAUCACUCGUUGCAUUUGUGUAUAUACAAAGCAUUUCUUUUCAACUUCUGUUUGUAUGUUGUUAGGUGGAUCAGCCAAGACGCUUAUGUUUGUCCACAUUAGUCCAGAAGCUGACACUCUUGGAGAAGCUAUUAGCACUCUGAAGUUUGCUGAACGAGUGGGAAGUGUUGAGCUAGGCGCUGCUCGUGUGAACAAAGAUAACUCAGAGGUCAAGGAGCUUAAGGAGCAGAUUGUUAAUCUUAAAAUGGCUUUAUCAAGGAAAGAAAAUGGCAAUGAUGCACAACCAACCUCUCUACUACUCAACCGUGAGAGAAUAUCAAGAAGAAGAUCACUUGAAACACCUACCGUGCGACCCAAGCUUCCUACCUUAGGAAACGCACCAAGCAACCUUAGGCCUCAGAUUAUGGAUUUAACUGGUCCAGAGGCUUUUAACGAUACUGCAUCUUCAAGAAGACACACUUUAGAUAUCCAUGAGUUAAUGAGGCGGAGGCAAUCACUCAACUCAAAUGAAGAGGAUAGAGAUGAGAAUUCACAAUCACUAAAUGGUGGGAAACAAGAUUUUGAAGUGCAGACUAUUACAGAUAACGAAUCUGAAGGUGUAACAAGUGAAUCCUCAGAUUCUGAUUUGAUGUGGCGAUUGAAUGUUCAAGUGAAUGUGCCUAGAGUUUCUAAUAAACAAAGUUUAGCAAACUCCAAACCAAAGAAAGUUCAGACUAAAACUACCAAACUCUCAGAAACCAGAAGUUUAAUUCCAUCGUUGAUCCCAGCACCAAGCAAGAGACCUAACACCGUGAGUUCUCAGCCGCAGCAACGACCAACCAGAGAUCCAAAACGCAGAUUGAGUUUAGGCAAGUGA